AUGGCAAACAGCCCCCUUGUACUACCUCGUCCCGGGACAGUCAAGUCCAACGAGCCACCAAUCCAAGCACCAUCCGAAGCCGACUUCCGCGCAGCAUUCGGCAACCUGCUACCGUCGGCAUCAUAUCUGCAGACAACAAACGGCAAAGUCGCAUACUACGAGCUAUCACCCUCUUCUCUUGCACCAGCAGACGCUAAGAAGCCAAUCUCCCGUGUCCUAUUUGUGCAUGGUGUCCAAACACCCGCAAUCGGCCUGCAACCAUUAGCAAGCGUGCUAUCUUCGCAUUUCCCGUGUGCGCAAUGUGUACUCGUGGACCUAUGGGGCCACGGGAUCACCGAGACGCCAAUUGCUCCACAUGAAGCGGCCCUCUUUCAUUCAUUACUUGAGGCUGUGAUGGUGCAUCUCCGGUGGGAGACUGCCCAUUUUGUUGGUUACUCGUUUGGUGGGUCCACCACUGCUAGUUUCGCGGCUGCGUUUUCCCACCGCGUUGCUUCUAUGGUGCUGGUCGCGCCCGCGGGUUUACUGCGCUCUACGCAAUUUAAUGAGUUGCAAAGGAGCUAUUUGCGCGGUGGCGAGGGAUUAGAGGAUGCGGCGCGCUCGUGGAUUAUGGAAUUCCUCGAGGGAGGGCAGUUAGUUGUUCCUUCGGAUUGGAAGGAAAGGGUGGGUCGAGGCGAAGUGGUUGCAGAGGCGGUUCGGGACUGGGAAAUGAAGGAGCAUCAAGGCCAUGCGGCAAGUGUAGUUGGUAUUUUCAGAGAUGGCGGGGUCUUGGAUCAACAUGCUGAAUUUGCUGAAGCGGCGACAAAGGGCAUUGACAGUUUAUGUGUCUUAGGAGAGUUGGAUGACUUGUGCAGUGUGCAGGACUUGCAUGAUGUUGGCAUGCGAAAUGUUUCUGUUGUUCCGCAAGUGGGACAUGGCGUUGUGAGGCAAAAAGUGCCAGAGGUUGCCCGGCUCAUUGAGGAUUUCUGGCACAAGCUCGAGUAG